ACAUGGUUGACGAUGAUGAACGCCGUUGGCGUCAUUUUAAUCCGGAAAUACCAAAAAGAUCUGGAAAAAUUGGUGAGCUCGAAAAGUUUGACGCAACUUUUUUCGGAGUCCAUUUUAAACAGGCCCACACAAUGGAUCCGCAAACACGAAUUCUAAUUGAGACGGCGUACGAAGCUGUAAUAGACUCAGGAGUAAACCCGAAAAGUCUACGUGGAUCAAAAACUGGAGUGUACAUAGGCUCUUGUAUAUCUGAGUCCGAGAAAACAUGGUUUUAUGAAAAGGUUUCUUCCGGCGGGUUUGGAAUCACUGGCUGUAGUAGGGCUAUGAUGGCUAACAGAAUAUCGUAUUGUUUGGGACUAGAGGGUCCUUCGUUUUUACUAGAUACAGCUUGUUCUAGUUCGAUGUACGCUUUAGACAACGCAUUCAGCGCUAUUCGAAAUGGAGAAAUUGAUGCUGCAAUUAUUGGUGGAUCAAACUUACUACUUCAUCCUUUUGUUACACUUCAGUUUGCACGACUUGGCGUUUUAGCACCAGAUGGCUUUUGUCGCCCCUUUGAUAAAAAUGCUAGUGGUUACACUAGAUCAGAAACUAUUAAUUGCCUAUUCUUACAAAGAAAAAAAGAUGCUAAGCGAGUUUACGCAAGUGUGGUUUAUUCGAAAACCAACUGUGAUGGAUACAAGCCAGAGGGAAUAACUUAUCCGUCGGGUAUAGUACAGGAGAAAUUGCUUGAUCAGUUUUACAAGGAUAUUGAUCACAAACCAAGUGAGUUGGGUUAUUUGGAAGCUCACAGUACGGGAACGGUCGUCGGUGAUCCAGAGGAGUGCAAAGCAAUCGAUAAUGUUCUAUGCAGCCAAAGGAAAAAGCCAUUGCUUGUUGGUUCCGUGAAGUCAAAUGUUGGUCAUUCAGAAGCGGCUUCUGGAAUCUGUUCCUUAAUAAAAGCUUGUUUCGCCUUUGAAUCUGGGUUAAUUGCACCAAAUAUAAACUUUACGGAGGUUAAGCAAGUAAUUUUACCCUUAGCUGAGGGAAGGUUGAUUGUUGUAAAAGACGUAACUCCCCUACCAAACCCCUUUAUUGGUAUUAACUCAUUUGGUUUUGGUGGAGCUAAUGCACAUGCACUUUUAAAGGGUUAUCCUAAGUCCAAAACUAAUUUUGGAUUGCCACAAGACGAAGUUCCGCGGCUACUCACUUGGGCAGGAAGGACGGAGGAUGCUGUUGAAGAGAUUUUUAAUGCUGUAGAGAAAAAUCCCUUGGAUGCUGAGUUUAUUGGACUGCUUCAAAAUAUUCAAGAAGAAGAUGUUUCUGGUAUGGUAUUCCGAGGGUAUGCGGUAUUCGCCAAACAAGGAGUUGAACCAUGUGGAGCAUUGAUAAGAGAUAUUCAACAUUACACUGGCCUUCAACGCCCGAUCGUCUGGGUAUAUAGCGGAAUGGGAUCGCAAUGGUAUGAAAUGGGGACAUCACUUAUGAUAAUUCCGCGAUUCCGGGAAUCAAUUAACAAUUGUCAUCAGACGUUGCUGUCGAAAGGCCUUGAUCUAAUACAUAUAUUAACAUCCAAUGAUCCGCAAAUUUACGAAAACAUUUUGCAUUCAUUUGUGGGAAUAGCAGCCGUGCAAAUAGGACUAACAGAUGUCUUGCGCUCUCUUAAUUUUCAACCCGACUAUAUUAUUGGACACUCUGUUGGUGAAUUGGGCUGCGCAUAUGCGGAUGGUGGGCUGACUGCUCAACAAAUGAUAUUGGCCGCCUAUUAUCGUGGUAGAGUUAGUGUGGACCUAGAAAAAAUUCAGGGUUCAAUGGCAGCAAUCGGCGUUGGAUAUACAACUAUUCUACACAUGCUGCCAAAAUCAAUUGAAACAGCGUGCCAUAAUGGCCCGGAUUCUUGCACAAUAUCUGGACCAUUGGAUGAUGUUUCCCAAUUUGUAGCUGAGUUAAAAGCAAAGGGAAUUUUCGCAAAGGAAGUUCCCUGUUCAAAUAUUGCAUAUCAUUCUAAAUAUAUUGCACACAUGGGACCUCCAUUAUUGCAAUAUAUGAAAGAAAUUAUCCCAAAUCCUAAGACUCGAACUAUGAAGUGGUUGAGUACUAGUGUUCCUAAAAUUGAUUGGGAUAAGGAUCAAGCCAAAUUUUGCUCAGCAGAGUACCAUACCAAUAAUUUACUAAAUAGUGUACUUUUUGAUGAAACGUUUUCAUUGCUGCCAAAAAAUGCAUUGACUAUUGAAGUGGCGCCCCAUGGACUUUUAGGUGCUAUUCUUAAACGGUCAAUGCCCAACGGUGUUCAUAUUCCUCUAACAAACAGAGGUAACAAGAAUAAUGCGUUGUUUUUUCUAUCGGCCCUGGGAAAGAUAUAUCAAAAUGGCGUUUUAUUACCGGUUGCUAACUUAUAUGAAAAAAUCCAGUUCCCUGUAUCGCGUUCAACGCCCAGUAUUAGCUCGCUUAUUCGCUGGGAUCAUAGUGAAGACUGGUUCGUGACGAAAUACGAAAAUAUGAAGACCAAAUCUAGCGGAGAGCGUGUGUUUCCAGUAAAUUUGGCGAGUGACAAUGAAGAAUUUAUGAGUGGACAUAUAAUUGACGGAAAAAUUCUUGUACCAGCAACGUGUUAUCUUCAGUAUGUUUGGGAAACGUUCUCACUUAUGUACCACGGGCCGAGUUAUAUGGAUGUACCCGUUGAAUUCGAAGACAUACGUUUCAUAAGAGCUACAAGUAUGCCACUUAAUGGAAAAGUAGACUUAACAGUUAUGAUUCACUAUGGCACCGGCCAUUUUGAGAUAACUGAAGCGGGUAACUUAGUUGUUAGUGGAAUUAUCCGUGAGACUGAAAGCCCCACUAUUCCGGAAGUAUACAAUUUUCAAGAUAAAUCGGAGUUUCCGAUGAUUGCCAAAAGAGACUUUUACAAGGAGCUAAGAUUACGUGGCUAUCAUUACAAUGGCGCAUUUCAAGCCGUUCAAAUGGCUCGAUCAGAUGGUUUGUUCGGAAAAGUUGAAUGGAAUUAUAAUUGGGUAACCUUCAUGGAUGCUAUGCUUCAAAUUCAAAUUUUGGGGACUGAUUCACGAACUCUUUUAUUACCAACCAAAAUCCGGAAACUAAAAAUAAAUGGCGUACAUCAUUUCGACUUAAUGACAAAAAUGAAUCCUGACAAUCGCGUUUUUAAUGUGUAUAUAGAUCACAUGUUUGACCGUAUUAUAGCAGGAGGAAUAGAGCUUGUCGGACUACAUGCCAGUCCAGUGCAAAGGCGUAGACCUCCUGGUAUUCCAGUCCUCGAAGAAUAUAGGUUUCUUCCACUUUCUCCGUCCCCAAUUCUUUCCAUUAAAAAUGCUGCCCGUGUUUGCGUUCAAAUCGCUCUUGAGAAUAAUCCUUCCCUAAAAAUGAAGCUGGUCGAGUUAGACACGGAUGGAAGAAAGACAGUGUUAGCUGAAUUUUUAGAAGCAAUUGAAGAUUUACCUGUCAUAACUGGAGACGGCAUUCUAUUGACAUCUCAAAAACUAGAAAACAUUCCAGGCCUUCAUAUUGAAAAUGGAACGUUGUCUUCUCAAACAAAUUGUAAUUUUGUCUUAAUGGGAAGGCUUGAAGAAGAACAAUUACAAGAUAUAAUUGCAACUGCACAUAGGGUGCUAGUCAAUACUGGAUAUUUGUUGCUUAGACAAAAUUCUACGGCGAAUAUUUUGGCAUUGGAACAAUUUAGAACGAUUGCAAUUAUUCCGAUUGAUAACAACGAGGAAACAUUUGUUUUAAUGCAGAAAAUAUCACAAAAACUAUCAGCUAACCCAGUUUUGGUUAAAGUAUCUCAAAAGGAUAAGAAUUUUGAUUGGAUUGCAGUGUUACAAUCAGCGAUAAACUCAAAAGCCCCGGUUAUUGUGUAUUCAUUUAAUGAAUCAUUGAAUGGAGUUAUUGGAUUGGUUAACUGUUUAAGAAAAGAGCCAGACGGUAAUAUGAUAAGAUGUUUUUUUAUUGACGACCCAAGUGCUCCAGAGUUUGACUUGUGUCACCCUUUCUAUUCCACUCAGUUUUCAUUGGGAAUGGCAUUGAACAUCUAUCGUAAUGGUUCUUGGGGAAGCUAUAGACAUUUGAAAUUGUUAAAAAAUGAGAGUCCAAUGACCAGAUUAGAUCAUAUUUAUGGAAACGUCAUUCAACGUGGAGACCUAUCCACUUUACAAUGGCUAAAAGGACCUUUUAAUUCACAAAAUUGCCAGAUUAAAGUAGCGUUUUCUUCUCUAAAUUUUCGAGAUGUAAUGCUUGCAACUGGUCGGUUAGCGGUUGAAUUAUAUGGAUCAAGUCGCAUAGAUCAAAACUGUGUUUUAGGUUUUGAGUAUUCUGGCAUAAAUGUGGUAACAGGACGAAGAAUAAUGAGCAUGGUUGUUAAAGGAGGUGUGGCUUCCUAUAUUGAAAAACCAUCAAAACUUAUUUGGGAUAUUCCUGAUCACUGGUCAUUAGAAGAGGCAGCUACAGUGCCUGUAGUAUAUAUAACUGUCUAUUAUGCGUUUUUUAUGAUUAGCGACAUACGAAAAGGAAAAAGCAUUUUAAUACAUGCAGGUACUGGGGGCAUUGGUCUAGCCGCUAUUCGAGUGGCGUUGGCCUAUAACUUGGAGGUUUUUACAACAUGCAGUACUCCACAAAAAAAAAAUUUUUUAUUGGAUACCUUUCCGCAACUUAAAGAGUCCAACAUUGGAAAUUCUCGAGAUACAUCAUUUGAGCUUAUGGUUCAGCGUGAGACAAAUGGAAAAGGUGUGGAUUUUGUGCUGAACUCUUUAUCAGAAGAAAAGCUGCUUGCCUCAAUACGUUGUCUUGGUAAGUCAGGAAGGUUUUUGGAAAUCGGAAAAUUUGACAUGGCAAACGACAACAAGAUUGGAUUAGGGUCCUUUUUAAAAGAAAUAACUUUUCAUGCUGUUCUUGCUGAUAGCCUUCUAGUGGCACCUGAUCAAGAUAUUUGGCAUUUAAAAGCCCUUAUCGAUUCUGACAUUUGCAAUGGAAUAAUUCAACCAUUACCGGUUAAAGUGUUUCCGGCUCAUGAAAUUGAACAAGCUUUUAGACAUUUGAUCGGUGGCAAGCACAUUGGAAAAGUUGUUAUUCAAGUUCGAGAAAAGCCGGAUGAUCUAUCAACUUUACCUGUUCGAGUGCUUAGUCAAGUUUACUUUAAGCAUAAUCUUACUUAUGUCAUCCCUGGGGGUCUGGGAGGUUUCGGAAUGGAAUUGGCUGAUUGGAUGACUCUUCGUGGAGCACGAAAACUCGUGCUGAGCUCUAGCCGCGGAAUUAAGAAAGACUAUCAAUCUUUCAGGAUUGCGUAAGUCAUUAAUAAUAACAUUUGUAUACCCUUGAUUUCAG